GCUCCGUUCUAGAGCUGGAAGCAGAGUGAUCAUGCCGACGACCCAGCAAUCCCCCCAGGAUGAGCAGGAGAAGCUCCUGGAUGAAGCCGUUCAGGCUGUGAAGGUUCAGUCUUUCCAGAUGAAAAGAUGCUUGGAUAAAAACAAACUGAUGGAUGCUCUGAAACACGCCUCUAACAUGCUUGGUGAGCUGCGGACUUCAAUGUUGUCUCCAAAGAGCUAUUACGAGCUGUACAUGGCUAUAUCAGAUGAGUUGCACUAUUUAGAGGUGUAUCUUACGGACGAGUUUGCAAAAGGAAGAAAAGUAGCUGAUCUCUAUGAGCUUGUACAAUAUGCUGGAAAUAUUAUUCCCAGGCUUUACUUGCUGAUCACUGUUGGAGUGGUGUAUGUCAAGUCUUUUUCCCAGUCAAGGAAGGACAUUCUGAAAGAUAUGGUAGAGAUGUGUCGUGGUGUGCAACAUCCUUUAAGGGGACUCUUUCUCCGGAAUUACCUUUUGCAAUGCACCAGGAAUAUUUUGCCAGAUGAAGGGGAGCAGACAGACGAGGAAGUAACCGGAGACAUCAGCGACUCAAUGGAUUUUGUGUUACUGAAUUUUGCGGAAAUGAACAAGCUGUGGGUAAGAAUGCAGCACCAAGGUCACAGUCGAGACAAAGAGAAGAGGGAACGAGAGAGACAGGAGCUUCGAAUCUUGGUGGGAACAAACUUAGUGAGACUAAGCCAACUGGAAGGUGUAAACGUGGAAAGAUACAAACAGAUUGUGCUGCCUGGAAUAUUAGAACAAAUCGUAAACUGCAGAGAUGCUCUUGCUCAAGAAUACCUCAUGGAGUGCAUAAUUCAGGUUUUUCCAGAUGAAUUUCACCUUCAGACUCUAAACCCUUUCCUUAGAGCUUGUGCUGAGGUCCACCAAAAUGUGAAUGUGAAGAAUAUCAUUAUUGCUUUAAUUGACAGGCUAGCUCUGUUUGCACAUCGAGAAGAUGGGCCCGGAAUACCACCAGAUAUCAAGCUCUUUGAUAUUUUCUCUCAACAGGUGGCCACAGUCAUACAGUCCAGACAAGACAUGCCUUCAGAAGAUGUGGUUUCCUUACAAGUGUCUCUCAUUAAUCUUGCCAUGAAAUGCUAUCCAGAUCACGUUGAUUAUGUUGAUAAAGUGCUUGAAACAACUGUGGAAAUCUUUAACAAGCUCAACCUCGAACAUAUCGCCACAAGCAGCGCUGUUUCCAAGGAACUUACCAGACUUUUAAAAAUACCUGUUGAUACUUACAACAACCUCCUAACUGUGCUCAAGCUGAAACACUUCCACCCUCUCUUUGAAUAUUUUGACUAUGAGUCUAGGAAGAGCAUGAGUUGCUAUGUUCUUAGCAAUGCACUGGAAUAUAAUACAGAGGUUGGCUCUCAAGAGCAGGUGGAUGCUAUCAUGAACCUGGUGUCGACGCUUAUACAGGAUCAGCCUGAUCAGCCUGCAGAGGAACCAGAUCCAGAGGACUUUGCAGAUGAGCAGAGUCUUGUAGGCAGAUUUAUUCAGCUGUUACGAUCAGAUGAUCCUGACCAGCAGUACUUGAUUCUAAACACAGCUCGGAAACAUUUUGGAGCUGGUGGGAAUCAGCGAAUACGAUUCACAUUGCCACCGUUAGUUUUUGCUGCCUAUAAGCUUGCAUUCCGAUACAAGGAAAAUUCCAAAGUGGAUGACAAAUGGGAGAAAAAGUGUCAAAAGAUCUUCUCCUUUGCACAUCAGACAAUCAGUGCAUUGAUUAAAGCUGAACUGGCUGAGUUGCCCCUUAGACUUUUCCUCCAGGGUGCAUUGGCAGCUGGCGAAAUUGGAUUUGAAAACCACGAGACAGUGGCCUAUGAAUUUAUGUCUCAGGCAUUUUCGCUUUAUGAAGAUGAAAUCAGUGAUUCUAAAGCGCAGUUGGCAGCCAUUACAUUAAUAAUUGGAACUUUUGAGAAGAUGAAGUGCUUUAGUGAGGAGAACCAUGAGCCUCUGAGAACCCAGAGUGCACUUGCUGCUUCCAAGUUACUGAAGAAGCCUGACCAGUGCAGAGCAGUUAGCAUCUCUGCUCACCUCUUCUGGUCCGGACGCAACACAGACAAAAAUGGGGAGGAGAUUCAUAGUGGCAAGCGAGUCAUGGAGUGUUUGAAGAAAGCUCUUAAGAUCGCUAAUCAGUGUAUGGAUCCCUCACUCCAAGUCCAGCUGUUCAUCGAAAUUCUGAAUCGAUACAUCUACUUCUAUGAAAAGGAAAAUGACGGGGUCACUGUCCAAGUUUUGAACCAACUCAUCCAAAAAAUCAGAGAAGACCUUCCAAAUCUGGAUGCCACGGAGGAAACCGAUCAAAUAAGCACCCAUUUUAAGAACACACUUGAACAUUUACGCCUGCGGAGAGACUCACCAGAGGGCGAUGGUCCAAUCUAUGAGGGUCUUGUUCUUUAAGAAGCAGAACCCGCAUCAUGUUUGACCUAAUCCUUUCUUUCCAUUAACCUAAAUGCUUGUAUCUUUUUUUUUUUUUUUUUUUUUGUUAUGCCUUUUGACUGUCUUACUCAAAUUUUUUUCUCCAUAGAUUGUGCCUUUUGGAAAUGCCAAGUAGACAGACCGUUAAAUUCCUCUAAGCACUCGAAAGCAUUUACUUAACUAUGGCAAAUGGAGGAGCCUUCAGAAUGGACCAUUAUGCGUUAGUUUGGCACUAGGUCUGGUCUCAUCUGUAAUGGUGUAGGGAUUACAGAUGCCUUACACAUUGAUUAGCUUAGCCAAUGUAUUGGAAGGUAAAGCUUAAAAACCUUAGAGCAUUUAUCCCAGAAUAGAGCAAUAUUGGAAAUAAAUUAUUCUGUACUGUUUGAGAACUAACCUUAUGUCUCCUCUGUGCUGUAAAAUUGGCUCAAGAGUAUUAUGAAGUUUCUCACCGAUGAGUCAGUAUUUGUGGGCUUCAGCUGUUGGUUUAAUGUAAAGCAGGGACAGCAUCAUACCCUUACACCCCUUCUCUGGUCGUGCAUGCCUAGAAAUGUUUUAAAGCGCCAUGUUCCAAAAAGAGAAGCUAUAUUUUGCAUAACAAAGUUCUGUGAUGUGCAGUGAGGGCCGGUACUAUGCACAGAACUUCUGUAUCAAUAGAGUUUUGUUCUGUAUAGUAUAAAAUUGAUUGCGACCGAGAAAAUGUGUAAUCUAUAUAGUGUAUGUAUUCCCAUUGCCAUUGUAAAUUUAGGGAUAAAUCGUUGCACCUUUAUUUAGGCUCAUCAUUUGCAUCUGUGAUAUAAUAAAAUUGCGAUUAACAGGA